AUGAGAGACCUUGUCCCUAGAGCUCAGGGAGGACGCCCUCUUCCACCUCUGAUUUUUCCGGCCGCCACCACCCGCCCUUCCUCCGUCUCCACCGUCAUCAUCGGCUCAGCCUCAAGCAAGACCUUUGUUCUUACUAUAACGUACACAGGACCAUUGCAAGAGUCUGGGCCGUGUUCACAGGCGCCACCUCUGCCGUCUUCGCCGUCCGACCUCCGCCGCUCACGUAAGUUCAAUGGCAGCGACAAGCAGUCCUCCACCACUGCCAAAUACGGACGUCACUGUCGCAAUUGCUUCAACGACAAACAUCAAGAGCAACGACAGAUUUGGCGAAGCCGGGGAGUUCGGGCUCUUCUAGGACUCAGAAGCAGGAAAUUCCUCUUUCUGGGCCCUUUGAAUAUAGGCUUAGGGUUUCUUCAUCCUUGUAAUCUAUCCUUCAAUUCGAUUUGUUUAUCCUCGCCUGCAAAAAUCAUAACUACGGUCGAAUUUCAUAGUGACUCUCGAAAAGCCUGCUUGAUUUACUCCUUGAGAAUGUGGAAUUACGGGAUGAGGCCAGAUUGUUCUUGGAGGCGAGCUAAAAUACUAAUUGAUAACUUAAGAAAUCAACUAACCCAAACCAACGGGGACCAGAAAUCAAGCAAGACAUUAUUAAAUUUAGCCUAUGAACCAAACACAGAGGAAUAUCAGCCAGUAGUACCAGAUAAAGACAGCACAGAACAAAUCCCAAUAACAAAAAUCAGCUUGGCAAAAUUUCUUGGCCUGCAAUGUACAGGUAGCCUCGUUUCCAAUCCUUCAAACAAUGAAAAGGAAGAUAAGCGCGAGUCAGUCGUCCUCUCUUGUCGAGUCGGUCACAGCCGUAGGAACCCACCAUCUUCCGUCAGCCGCAACUGCCUCCAGCUUCGAGAUCCAAAUGGCUGUGCAGACAAGACAGGCGCUGAAGACCGUGCCGACCCAUCCACUGCAGGCCGUAGAGAAGUCGCUGAUCUGAGCCACCGCCUUUGGCCACACAAUCAUCGAUAUCCGUCGGGGGCCAGCGAAUUUCACCAGUGUGUCGUCUCCAUUAAUCCAAGUGGCCAUUCGUCGCACUGUUUAGUCGCGCUGUCGCCAUCCACUUUAAGCCCUUGGUUGCCAUCGCUCACGAGCGCGUUCUGCAGGUCUCAGCCAUCGUCACCGAUUAUGGAGCCUGUCAAUCGAGAGAAAAACAGCGUGAAGAUGGAAAGGGUUUUGUCUUGUAGGACAUCGAUG